AUGUCGACCAAUCCUGAGACGUAUUUCAUCAAGCCAACUCCCCAUUGUCCCAACAAUGUACUCCCCGUGCUGGUCUAUCGAGGGGUACUUCCUGAGCCAUACGAUGAAGCCAGUACUACAGAGUUACUUACGAGCCAUGGGUGGACGAAAAAGUAUCAGGGCACAUGGGGGACUAUAACGGUGAAGCACUUUCAUCCCAACACGCACGAGUGCUACGGAGUCUUUCAGGGUGAAUCAGAGUUAAUCUUUGGCGCGGGCGGCGCCGAUGACGAGAACGCCGGUGUUAAAUGUCACGUCAAGGCUGGGGACGUGGUGGUGAUCCCAGCCGGAGUCGCACACGCUUCAGUGGACGAACAAGACAAAGCCAAGGACAAGAGUGAAAAGUACCACUACAUUGGCGUGUAUCCAGAUGGGUCACCUAAAUGGCGCAGCGAGUUUGGAAAGACGCCGUUGGAGGGGAGGGAGCUUGUUGAUGAGAUUAGCGGGGUGCCUAUUCCUAGCCAGGACCCUGUUGCUGGACCUGAGGGGGCUCUGUUAAGGAUUUGGGCGGCAGCGAGAGAGAAUGGUGGCGAGGCUUAA